AUUUACAAAUUUAUCAAACAACACUGCAGGGAAGUAAUCAAUGAAGGUGUGUGUCGAAGUUAGAAUAACUAAUUUAUUCGGAAUAGGAAUGAUUUUUGUAAAAAAAUAUUCGACUAGGUACUGUUCGGAUAAUUAAAUCGUUAUCAAAUAUAUUAAUUAUCGUAUCAUUGAUGUUUUACCAAUGAUGUUUAUCUAGUCGCAAAAGCUGAAUUGGUGGUUAUAAAAAAAUUGACUGUCAAAAUGAGUAGUAGCCAGGGUCUUUCGAAGUUAAAAAAGAAACAUUUUCGAGUGAAACAUCAAAAAGUAAAGCUCUUCAGAGCCAAUGAACCAUUCCUGUCUGUAUUUAUGUGGGGUAUCAAUCAUACAAUUAAUGAACUAAUGCACGUUACCAUACCGGUAAUGCUAUUACCGGACGAUUUUAGAGCCUACUCGAAAAUUAAAAUUGACAAUCAUCUAUUUAAUAAGGAAAACAUGCCCUCCCAUUUCAAAGUUAAGGAAUACUGUCCUAUGGUAUUUAGAAACAUCAGAGAAAGAUUUGGAAUUGAUGAUCUUGAUUAUAAAGAAUCGUUAACAAGAUCUCAACCUUUACCAGACGAUUCUUCUGGUAAAAGUGGAGCGAAGUUUUAUUUGAGUUAUGAUAAGAUUUUUAUAAUUAAAACUCUCACUUCUGAAGAAGUAGAACGGAUGCAUUCGUUCUUGAAAACGUACCAUCCGUACAUUGUGGAAAGGCACGGAAAAACUCUUCUUCCCCAGUAUCUGGGAAUGUAUCGCCUAACAGUAGAUAACGUUGAACAUUACAUAGUAGUAAGUAGGAACGUGUUUUCGAAUCACCUCAGUACGCACAGGAAGUUCGAUUUAAAAGGAUCAACGGUCGAUAGAGAAGCGUCAGAGAAGGAAAGAGAAAAGGAAUUGCCGACGUUAAAGGACAACGAUUUCGUCAAUGAACAAAUGAAGGUGACAAUAGGCGAAGAAGCAAAGGCAAAAUUAAUGGAAACGCUCACAGCAGAUGUUGAUUUUCUUACCAAAUUGCACUUAAUGGACUAUAGUUUACUCUUAGGUAUACACGAAGUGGAAAGGGGGGAGCAAGAACUUCAGAGACAACGUGAACUGGAAGCCGAAAAUCCUCAAGAAUCUGAUGAAAGCGAAAGCGGUUCCGGUUUAGAAAAUCGGACGAUGGGAAUUACGACCCCACCCGAUUCUCCAAAUGCUUUCGGGCAUUACCUCCAUCGCGAACACAGUCUCCAAUACGAAGGUAAAUUUAAUAAAAUUUACCAGUAUUUAGACUUAGUGACAGGUGGAAUCAUACCAGAAUUGGACAUAUACGCAAUUCCUUCAUCGGAAGUAGCGCCAGUCAAAGAAAUUUAUUUCAUAGCGAUAAUCGACGUUCUAACCCACUACGGCGUCAAAAAACAAGCGGCGAAAGCGGCUAAGACUGUGAAAUAUGGAUCGAACGUCGACGGAAUUAGUACCUGUGAUCCGGAACAGUACGCCAGAAGGUUUAUUGAUUUCAUGUCGAAGGCCAUUGAGUAAAAAUCGCAAUUUGCGCUAGUUUUUAUUUUUGAUUUUAUAUGUAACCUCAUGGAUUGGUGGGAUAAAUCUUAAUCUACAUUAUUAAAUAUAAUUUUUCAUCAUGAUAUAAAUGUGAAAUUGUUAUAUUCGGAAGCGUAAGACAAACAGUAUCGAGAAAAGUGAUUUUUUUCAUAGAAAAUUAUUCGUGCUACGUUAUACCAAAAAUCAUAUUAUUUCUUCAAUUUCUUAUUUCUUAGACCUUUUGAUAUGUUUAUAUUCCUAAAUGGUCUUGAUUUUAGGUCUUUUCUGUUUGAUAAUUAUUUUUUUCAAUAAUUUUUUAAAGACAUAAAAAUUGAUGUUUCGACUCCUUAGAGUCUAUCAAAAUAUGAUAUUGACACUGACAAUUUACGUAUUAAUAUCAAUUAAUAGAGCACCUACACCAUGAACAUCAAAAUAAGAAUAAAAUCAAAAUAGAAAUUUAUUUAUUUCUUAGUCCUUACAUAUCAAAAAUAUGUAGCAGUAAUCAAUUAAAUUAUUUAUAGAUUUAUUAGAAUUAACAAGAUAGAACUAUACAUUUUACUUAAAUUAUUUAUAACUUUUUUGUUCUUAUGAAUAUGAACCAUUUCUAAAAAUUAUCUUUUUCGUGUAUUAACUUCCGUUCCAAGAAUUUUUGAAUCUUUAUUAUGUUUUUUCGUGGUUCGUUUUAUUUUUUUAUCGUAUUAAUGACCUUUUAGUCUAUUUUCUAAAUACUGAGAUGUCUGCCCUAUGUAGAUAGCGUCACAAUCAGUACAAGACACUUGAUAUAUAAUAUUACUUUGUUUGUUUUUUGGUGUUUUAGAUUUUAAUUAAGUGAAAUAUUUGAAUAAUAUAUUAUGUCCUUGUAUAUAUGGUAAGAAAAAAUGUUUUAUAUUCUGAUGUUUCGUUUCUGUUUUGCUUUUUAAUUGAUUGUAAUAUCUGUUUAUAAUUUUUUUUGAAUAUGUUGUUUAUUAUCUUUCCGGAUAUUGUAAAUUCUAAUUUAAUUGAUUUCUCCAACAUAUUUGAGAUAUAAGGACUAAGGAAAAAUUAAUUUUAUUUAUUAGAACAAAUUUCUAUUUUCAUUUUGUUGUCAUUGUCAGUGUCGAUAUCAUAUUUUGAAAAAGAUUAAAAGACGUCGAAACGUCAAUUUUUGUCUGUCAAAAAUUAUUAGAAAAAAAAAACUAAUUUCAAAACAGAAGAGACCUAAAAUCAAGAACAUUUAGAAGCAAAAACUCAUAUUAUAAUAUCUGGAAAUAAUUAAUCGGAAUGGUAUAAUUUGUCAACAAAAGUUAAACUUUUUUUGUUACACGUAACCUUAUACCAAAUUUUAUCAAUGGAAAAAAUCGACACAUGGUGAUAUCAAGACAUAUAUUUUUAUAAAAAGUACAAGAAUCACAUUCCUUAAUCUACAAUGAAUAGCUUUGAUUUUCGUAAAUGUUUGGCUUCUGAUAGGUCUCCAACAGUAAUCUGCUAGCAUUCCUUAACUUUUUUUCCCUUGAUAGCGCUUUUCUAUUAAAAAAAUGUCCUUAUGAAAUCUUUCGUUUUGUUCGUCACUCGCAACAACCGAAUUCUCGGGAAAGAAAUCCAGAUGAGAGUGCAGGAUAUAUAUUUUUAAAUACAUAUUACAUCCCAAAGCUUUGUAUGAAAUUAUAAACUCAUUGAUUAAGUCAUUGUGCCAUUGGGCCAUACAUAUGUCUCUGCUGUCCCAUUCUUAAAUGAAAUAACAAUAUUUUGUGUAACCGAACUGUAGCCCAAGCAAAAGAUCAAUGUCCUUAAAAUCUUCACAAAGGUAUUUAAUUUUUUCAAGAAAGAAAUUCAUGUUCUCGUAAGUCUCAUUCAUAUCAGAACCACGGACAACUGCUAUUGAAGGAUAUUUGUUUCCGUUGUAUAACAACACUGCUUUUAAGAUAGUUGUUUAGUCAAUGAACAAUUGCCAGAGAUUUGGAUCAUAUUCAAAAUUCAAUAAAUUCAUCACUACAGGAAUGCUAUUAUAAUAGACUAAAUCAUCUGCUCUAUAAAAUUAAGGUUUCAUUUCAGCAGAAAUAAGAAAUUUUCAUACCAGGAGAAAGUAAAUUCCAGUCGUUUUAUCUAGACCUUCAAAGCUCAGCUUGUCCUUUAGACAAAUUUGAAUCACAUAACUAGUGUCACUCUCUUGAGAUACCUUCAGGUUGACUAAGAACAACUUCCGGCCUAGGAACAGAACCUAGACUUUCUGAUUGAUUUGGAGGCUUUGGUAGAGGCAGUUCGGCACUAUGUAGGAUAGGUCUUAAUAAGAAAGAUUCAUCCAUGUGUAUUCAUGACAGAUGACAAGUGUGGGUACUGGGCAGUGUCUUUGGACUUGGCUGUGACGCCUUUUGAUUAAUUAAAAAAAAAUAAUAAUCACUUACAUGAUCAUUGGUAUACCAAAAGUCUAGAUUCUUGUUUAUUCCAACCUAAUAGGAGUCUCACUCACACAUAUGUGGAACCCAGGAUUUAACUUGGUGGCACACUGGAAAAUAAAAAUAACACUUUUCAAUUAAUGGCGUAAUUUUUGGACGCUGAGAUGUAUAGGUUAAUUCUCCACACAUAUAACAAAAACCCUCCGGGUUAUUAAAAAAUUUUCGCGCUAUAUUUACGGGGCCUUUAAUGAAGUCCCUUUUUUCUUAUUCAUAUCCUUAAAUGUCCUUUAUGCAAAAUUAAAGAUUGUAUGUUUUAUUUAUAUUACCGCAUACUCUUAAUUUGACGAUCGUACUCAGAUACACUGGAAAUUUUCACAUUGUUACUUUUUUUCUGAAACAACUCUCAGUGGUUACAAUCGUCAUUUACUCAUCGUGUCAUUACAAAUAUAUGCGUUAGUACACUUAUUACUAACAGUAAUAUAACAAUCUUCAUGUAGAUCAUAUGAACCGGAAAUUCCGUUCUCCUAAGGCACUUUAAUCUGUAAAAUAUACAAUUGUUUUCAGUUUCUAUUAAUGCUCUGACUCUUACGCUUUAAGAUAUAACUGUAUAUUAAUCAUAGAGUUAAUAUUGAAGAUAGAUUGUACUAUUGCAAGAGAGAGAAAGAGUAUCUUCAAUCGCUAUGGAAAUCAAAAUUUAUUAUUCAUUUUCUUUCCCAUUCCCAAAGACUUUUCCACAAUAAAAAAGGACGAUCUACCUGACUAAAUAUGUCAGACUGUCACAAAUUACACGACAUUGCCUCAAUUUAUAGUAAAAUGUAAACAAAUAACAUAAUAAUAAUUAAUGUGGUUUCUUUCAUAUUUACCUCACUUUAUAAGGUGAAUAAAAUGCUAACCUCUGUUCUGGAAUGGAAUGGACCAAUUUUCUUGUCAAUGUCACCAAAAUGGCUCAUAUGCUAGCUACACGAUUGCUGUAAUUUGUGACGUUACAAAAUCGAAUUAUGUGGGGUUAAUGAAAGUAGACGGUCCUUUUCCUUGUAGAAAAGCCCUUGUCGCGCUUCCACCACUCUAAACUUCGACGUCAUGGUAUUCUAACCACAAUAGAGUUGAGAGAGAUUGAUUAAUCUGUUACCGUUAAUUAUCGAACUUAUUUUCCCUCUCUAUGUUUAAUAUUGACUCUAUUAUAUAAACCAUUGAAGAAUUCUGUAAAGUAAAUUAAUCCUGAGUGGAAAAAUUAUCUAUAGUAUAUAAAAUUUUGAGAUUAAGAUUUUAACCAGUUCGACAGGGUCGUGCAAUUUGCCUUUUACAGAGAGAGGUUAUGAGUCUGAGAGUGUAUGAAAUUGAACCGACCACAUUUCAAAUAUCACAGUAACUAUUAAUGUAAAAUAGAAAAACAAAAUGGUCGUUGUUAAUUCUAGUCCGUUGGAAUGUUCUGUAUCGAUAAAAACUCUUAACUGAAUAGUUUUUUCUUUUGAUUGUAUGUUAUUUUGAAAUUUACUAUUAAAAUAUGCUUAAAAUGUAGUACUAAAGGUGAAAUUCGAUGUAAACAAAAAUAUUACUUGUUUCCCUAGCAAGCACUGACGUUUAAAACGGAGAGAUAAUUAAUGUAAAAAAUAUUAAAAUUCACUCUCAUCAGUUAUGUACUCGCAAUAAAAUAUUUAUACUGUGAUUGCAAAUGUUAUGGUUUAUACAGCUUUUUUCAGUGAGUUAUUAAUACUGAACACACUAUACUAACAAUUACAAACUUUGUUGGGCGUUUCUAUAACUGUUUACCUUCAGUCUCUGAAGACGAUAACUUGGUUAUCGAAACGCUCUUCAGAUAGUGUAAUUGUGUUGCUGAAAUUCCAACUUGAUUCUGUCAUUAUUUUAUAUACAGUUUCCAACCAUGUUGUCCCAUGCCCCACUCAAGCCGUUCUAAAAUUCUUAUGUCCCUCCAAGUAACAUAUGGUAAAUGUACCAAUAGUGUUCACAUCAAUGUUUUCAUUUGGGUGAAAUUUUUGGUAGAGCAUAUUUGGAAAACCCCUAAAUUCACACUAAGAUAUCCUAAGUUUAUUGUUUGUGAUAUUCUAUUGUUUAAAGUAAUAACUUUAAUAAAUGAAAAGUAUAAUUGAAUAUUUUUAGUAACUUAAUUUACUUGAAUAUUUUAAUUAUGAUGAAGUAGUUUUAAAUAAAAAAGUUUCUAUUAAAAUAAUAAAAAGAAAAAGUUAAUUUGUUUAUUGCCUUUACAUGACUACGUGAAAUCUUUUAAUAAAUGAAUACAAUAACUAUUAGUUUAAUACCAUCAAGUUGAUGAAACGAACAAUUGAGGUGUGACAAUCGACUUUUCAUUAGAAUUCCAAAACAAUUUAAAUUUUAUUUUUCUGCAGGCUCUACUGUCUAGCUUGCCUAAGCGAAAAAAUUCCGAUUAGAGAAGUCAUUUAUUUUCUCCCUAAAUUUAUGGAAAAAAUCCCCAAGUUGGAAUCGCUGGUAAAUGCAGAUGUUUACAAAGGCCAUAAAACACAAAUCCCUUUAAUCGGCUAGAAGGUUAUAAGGCAACCCUUAUUUUUCUGAUAUAAAGUUGAAUGUCCCACUGUAGGUACAUUUACGUACAAUUUUUCAGUUUUAACUUGGGAACUCAAAUUUAUUGAUUUGUAUUUCAAUAAAAUCUUUUUAUUACUAAACGGUCUUAUCUAUCACUAAUUCGUUUUAUGAAGAUCAUAAACUAAACAUUUAUAAAUACGAAUUAUUAAGGCUGUUACUAAAAAAAAUUUGAAAUGUCAAAAAUUUUAAUUUUUUUAAAAAACUGUCAAAUUCGUUAUCUUACCUUAAUGUGCAGCAAAGACUUCUGUCUUUGGGUAAGAUAACGAAUAUUCAAAGUUAAGUAGAAAUAUUCUACAUACCCAAUUACCAUUUAAUCAAUAAGGUAAUUUUUUUGAACUUCUAAGCUUAUAUGCUUACAAAUCUUUUGAUUCAGUUGGAUUUUGAUAUCAUUAUCAUUUAUGGGUGUCUGUUUGUUAAGAAAGUAGAAAUGGUUUCUUCUAUAGACCCAUGGUUUCAUAGAAGAGUGGAUGAUCGUUUUACAUGUCAUUUUGAUUCAUCUCCUCAUGCAUUGAUCAGUUAAUAUCAUAGAAAUUACCAAAUUUUUUUGAUAAGAUACGACGAAAAGUGAUCCCAACAUUGUAAAAAAAAUCGCAUCUUUAAUUGUGAAAAUCUUUCAUCUUUUUUCUGCGAAAAACAUGAGGUAGCACUUUCUUUGUAUAAUGACAUCUUUAAUUACAUUUUGCUCCAUAGGAUAAAUCAAGGUGUGUAGUUUGGUGGCAUGUACAGUACGGAAAAUUUGCCAUCUUCUGUAAUCGAUUCUUUAGCACCUGGAUUCUGGUGCAUUAGAGUAAAAAUGCUCUUUGUGGCAGACAUAAUUCAAAUGAAGAUGGAUUUCUGGAACGAAAUGUUUUCUGAACCACUCUAGAAAUAUCUGUUGUUACCCAAACCCUUGAUAAUGCAUAGUUCCAAAAGAUCUUGGCUUUUUGACCUUCUCCAAGAUUAGUAACUGUAAUUUUACAGCUCCAAAAGAUAUUUGCUUUUUGACCUUCUCCAAUAUUAGUAACUGUAAUGUCACAUAUCCAAAAGUUAUUUGCUUUUUGAUUUUCUCCAAUAUUAGUAACUGUAAUGUUACAGAUCCAAAAAAUCUUGAAUUUUGAUCUUAUCCAAGAUUAGUAACUGUAAUGUUACAGAUCCAAAAGAUCUUAGCUUUUUGACCUUCUCCAAGAUUAGUAACUGUAAUGUUACAGAUCCAAAAAAUCUUGAAUUUUGAUCUUAUCCAAUAUUAGUAACUGCAAUUUAUGAUUCCCUGUUGUGUUUACCGAGGACACAAAAAUAAUUAUUUAGAUUUAGGAGUACUAGUUUCAGCAAAAGAUUCUGAAGUAUAUCUGGGAAUAUCUUCCAAAACAACCCUGACUCAUUUGCAUUAUAGAUUUGUUCAGGACCAAGGUCUUUAAAAUGGUGUUAGGGACUAUAUAUCCGAUAAAGUUGGUAUCUCCCAUUUUGGUGUUCUAUUUACAUAUGUAUAUUAGGAGUAUCAAUAUUUACUUAGAAACUAAUUUUAGAGGCAUAACUGACCAACCGAAAUAAGACUAUUGUAUCAUCAUCAUCUUCAUUCCAGAGGCCUAUGUCCACUGCUGGACAGAGGCCUCCUCCAAAUGCUUCCAGUUUUCUCUGCUCUGAGCGGUUGCUACCCAAUUUGUCCGUAUUCUUUUAAUAUCGUCUGUCCAUCUCGUAGAGGGUCUUCCUGGAUUUAGUCUGUCUGUUCUCGGUCUCCAAUCUAGAAUUCUUUCUGUCCAUCGGUUAUUUUGUAUCCUUGCAACAUGUCCUGCCCACCGCCAUUUUUGUCUCAGUAUUUGGUCUAUGAUAUCUUUAACUCCAGAUCGUCUGCGGAAUUCGCAGACUACUGUAUAAAUCAUAGCAAUUUAACUUUAAUUUAUGUGCCAUUUAUUUUUUUGUUUUCGUUGAAUAUAACGAAAAAUUUUUCAAGGACUUUUUUUAUGAAUCUUAUACUAAAAAUACUUGGAUGAGCAAGUAAUUGUUGAAAGGGAUGUACAGGGAAAAUAAUAAAUGAUUUAAAAUUAUAGAGCAAUUAUAAUUGAAUCGAAAUCGUACUAAAUUCGAUGUUUCUAUUGUAAAUUAUACAGGGAUCGUCAGUUGACUGUUGUAUUCUCAUCACUUGGUUAUUUUGAAUAAUAUACCGUAAUAAUUAAUGAUGUGAAAAUGACGUGUGUCAAAACAAUCAUAACUUUUUUUUUUAAUUGUAUGAUAUAAUAGUUACCUUCGUUAAAUGUUUUUAUAAAUUCUGUACACUCAAAUAUUUGAAUUUUAAAGACAAUGCUAGAAAAAAGACUUCAAAAAUCUGUCCACAUUAUUCAGUUUCAAAGUAGAGCACCGUUUUUUGGCAGCCACGUCACGCCAUUGUCUAAAUGGAAGGGUAUCGUUUGGGGUCGUUUUUUGUUCUUCCUAAAUGUAGCGUAGCACUACCUCCAGUCCAGCACUACGUCUGGAGAAGUAAUCACUGGUACAAUCACAGCGCUACUAUCUUCGUUAUCACUUACCUCAUUUAGCUCAGAGACCAAUUCGAUGAUAGCAGAAUCAGUUGCUUCUUUUUUCUCAUUAUUGUCACCCAGCAACAUCACUGAAGUCUGUGUUCUCACAACCAGGAAUGUUUUUUAUAAGUUUUAAAAGGAAAAAUCGUCAUCUAGCUCGUUUUUUUUUCUAAGAUUCGGCUAUCCAAUAAAAAACAUCUGUGCUUUGGUUUCUUGGUUUAUAACAAGCUAGUGAGCAAACAUAGAGCUCGAUUUCCGUCACAUGACCAUUAACUGAAUUAUCAUUUUUAAUAAGGUUAGUUGGCAACGUCGCAAUCAACCAGUCAUAAACUCAUUGGCCAACAGUUGGGUGCGCCCAAAUCGUGAACUUUAUUGAACAUAAUAAAUGGUUCAAUUGUCUUGUAAAUUUUGAUUUGUAAGAACCCUUAACAGAGCAAGAACCAAAUAUAUAGCGUCAUUUUACUUAUCGGCAACCCUUUCUACUAUAGGUAUGGUGGUGAUUCCAUUUGGUUCCUGUUUAGUCCGUCUCCAAUUCAGUCCUCUUUUUUUUCUGCAUUCCAUUUCCUUUUAGAUUUGUCUCUUCUUUUUGUUUGUGUUGGGUUCCCUUAUCACCUCAACUGUUUUGUCCUCCCUCAUUCUUACUGAACACACUGUUUACAAUACCACUACUCCAACUUACAGUUUAGCUUCGGUCUCCGAAGACGAUAACUUGGUUAUCGAAACGCGCGGCAGACAGUGUAAUUGUGAGUGUUGGUGUAAUGGUCGUGUGAACAGUGUGUUCAGUAUGAAUAUCAUUAACGGUUCCAGAACUUUCAACUUAAAUCCUUUAUUCUUACUACGUGUACAAACCAUCUUACCUGUUGAUGUUCGUAGUUUUGAACUCACUACGUUCAAGUCGCGUCUAAUUGUGUCGAUUCUUACUUUAUUUUUUGUUAUUUCGACACGUCAUUUUUAUGUCAGUCCCACUGCAGGUAUAUACUUAUAUGACAGUAAACUUUUGGCACCCUGUAUAUUCAUAUUAGUUCAUAAUAACUUUCAAUAUUGUAUAAAUUUAUGUAUAGGUAAAGCGUAUGAGAAUAAAUGUUUUAUUAUUUGUGAAUUGUGGUGGAAUGAACUCGAACUAUUACUAUAACAUUUAAAAAAAAAUAAAUAUCCUUAAAAUAUUAGUUUAUUUCAAUCAAAUGUUAUUUAUAGGAAUUAUAUUUUUCGGUGACAUUUUGAAUAUAUAACACAGGCCUACAAUGACUUUGGUGCCGCUAAAAGUAAAACAGAUUUCAAGUACGUUCGGUACCCUGAUAAAAAAUUGAUACUUACUUUUUUAAUGCUACGUGUAGUUUUCGAGAUUUCGUAAGGAUAAAUAAAUCAAAAAAACAUUUAAUAAAUUUAUUUAAAAAAACCAAAGAAAAUUUAAUUCAAAACAUUUAAAUACAUUAAAUUACUCAUUAUUUUAUAGGUUAGAAGCACCUCUUUAUAGAUUUUCCGCGGUGGAUGUCUUCAGGACAUUCCCGUGUAAUAGUCCAACAGUAAUCUGCCAUCAUAUGCUCAUCCCAGCAACCAGUUUUAUCUAACGCCUUAACAAAUUGCUUCAUAAGUCCUAAUUUGAAGUGCAAUGGAGGCAAAAUAAUCUUAUCUCCAGAAAUUAAAGGUGGGUUUAUAAUAUUUUGUUUGCCAACCGUCAUGCUAUUUCUCAAAGGCCAAUCUUUCUUGAUCCGGUGAUCUUUCUUUGCCCUGCUGUCCCAUAAACAUAUAAAGCAUGGAAAUUUAGUGUACCCACUCUGUUGACCUAAUAGAAAGUUCACCAUUUUUAAAUCGACACAUAUAGCCCAUUGGUGCUCCGAGUACUUAAGUUUUUAUAAAACAAGAUCCUCGUUUUGAUACUCCUCUUUUAAUUUAGUUAAAUGAGCAAUAGGCAUUUUAAACUUCUAUUAGAGCUGUCCAUAAAAGAUCUCCAUUCUUCAGCUUUGUACCUUGAGAGUCCCAAGUUCAUUAGAAGGCCACCAAUAUUAUUACAAUAAACUAUAUCAUUUUCUGAGCUAAAAAAUUUUUUUGUAUAACCUGUGUAAUUAUCAAACACAAAAUGUUAAUAUGAGUAUAUCUAGAUUCUUAUUGAACACUUGAGCUUUCCAGAAAAUUAUUUAAUAUAGUAAACUGCCUGAAAAUACAUGGGUUUGGGCAAAAAUCGUGGUAGUGGUAUUUUUGUUUCUUUAUAAUACCAGUCCUGUUGGAAUAUGUGACAUAUGCAGACAAAAAAAGGAGGUUAACUUCUUAAAUACCAUAUAGUCUAUCGAAAAACAGAAAACCUAUUGGCGUCAAAUUCAGUAAAGUUGUGUCCUGGUUUCUUGCAUCUUCGACGAUUUUCUUUUAAGUCGUGGAAAGUGGCCAACACCAUUUCUACUUAUUUCCAUCUCAGGCGAUGGUUUUGCUGGACUUUUCUUUUCCUUAACUGCUUGGUCUACCAAGGAUUUAUUUAUAUUGCAUAAAUUCUCAGCAAUUAAUAAUUUGAAGGAAAGUAGAUCCAUGAUUUCUUGUUUUUUGAAAUCAUUUGCUCUUAAAACGUAACCUGCUAAAUCCAAAAUCUGAAAGAAUAGUCGAAGGUCAUAUUUCUUUGAUAUAAUUUUUAUUCUAUAAGAUAAACCAUCUACUAAAUACACUCCUCCCAUAAAUUAUAACUUUAAAUUUUUUUAUCAAAAAGAAGAUAUUAUAUGAAUAUUAGUUAUUAUCUAUCUAUCCAAUUUACAGCCCUUAGGUUCAACUCCUUUUAUUGUUGCUUCGUUCUCUACACACCACGUCCCUUUUUUGUCAUGUCUUCGUCAGCUGUGAAAGUAAGAUCAGGAAAUCUAUUUGGACUGUACCUAGAACAAAAGAGACCAAUUAUCACAAAAUAUCAGAUUUUUAAUGGGAGAAAGUUAGAAUCAUAUUUUUGGCUACAUUUGAACUAGAAUUGGGCUCAGUUUUUCUGGUGUAAAAUUCCAAAUUUUAGAUCAGACCAGUGACAUCACAUAACUCAUGAAAUUUAUUUUCCCAUUUAUACGGUUUUUUGGGGUUGGGACGCCCCCUUGAAGGAGACAAUCUAUUCAUUAAGAUAUGAAAGUUGUUGUAUUGGUAUAGCUCUGAUAUUUCUCAGUUCCUCAAAAUACGUUAUCGGUUAAUAAACUUCUCUUUCUUCCAUUUUAUGUAACCAAACUGGUGUGUCCCUUGGGCUAUCUUCCUUAUUUACUCGUUUCCAUUCAUAUCGUAAUUUUACUUUCUUUUGCUGCUUGAUUUCUUUUUUUAAAUAUUUUCUUCAACACUUUCAUUAUUAGAUAAUUCUAAUUGAUCAGAUUCUGAAUCAUAAUCAUAGUCUAUAUCAUCACUAUCCUUAAGGCAAAUGUCGUCGCUUUCAUAAGGAGGAACUAGAGUAUUUUUUUGUCCUCUAAUCAUCCAAAUUAUAAAACUUUCUGAGGUUUAUUAUUUAACACGUAGAAAAAUAAUUUGGUUGCAAAUUGCAACACUAUGCGUUUUAAGAGUUAAGAAACUUCACGGUUUCGUUUUUCCACUUCCCAAAUUUUUACAAAAUGGCUAAAAGAAUUAUAACCUCAAUAAAGUAAACGAACUUAACUGAAAAUUUUUAAUAUUCAAAAAGCUUUUGACAUUUCUUGUACUCUGUACACAUUUAACCAAUUUUUAAUAUCUGUUCAUUUGUACCAGUUAUUUCGAAAAAAAUAAUUCCUAUAAAGAUUGCAAAUUGUCCGUUGGUUAGGUUCUAUUUUUAUUUUAUAAAAUUUAUAUUGUACAUAGGAUAUAUUUUGAUUUUUAUCUGUACAUAUUAUAUAAUGAUGUAUUACUGCUGAAGAUUUUUUACUUUCUAUUUUUAAUAAGUUCCUAAAUAGUAGGGUAAAAUAGAAAAAAAUCAUUCUUUUUAAAUCUUGCGUUGACUUAAUGGAAGAAUACUUUCUUUUGCUUCAAAUGCGCUUAUUUCCUUGCAAUUUUUACCUUCACCUCAUCAAGCAAUUGUGCGUAUUACUCUCCUGUUAUUGUUCUACCUUUUUGAAGAUAGUGAAUAUAAUCCCACGACUAUCCCAUGAAAUGGUCACCAUCACUCUUUCGGCUAAUGAAACCAUUUUGCCUUUUUCGUAGCAGAUGCACCCUUUGCAAUCCACUGUUCCGAUUGUUUUUCAUUUCAGGAAUUAAUGGUGGAUCCAGGCUUCAUAUACGAUACAGAAAAUACGAUUUAUUUUGCUUAAACUGCGUCAAUAAGACCUGGGAAAUAUUCAUAAUGAUACAGGUACACAUUUCCCCUAAAAAUUUUCUCAAUAAAACUAUAAUCCUUUGACUCUGGUAAUUUCAAGCUGUCCUUUUUUGGAAAAUCCAAGUCACAUUUUUUUACAUUCUUAAUGUCCUAAUAGCAUGCAAUUAACUUAAUACUUUCCGAUGUACCUGGUACACAUUUAAGGAAAAACCAACAUACUUACAUUCCCCUAUCUUCUAAAUUGUUUCAUGGCACACGAACCCAAGCGAGACGUUUUGGAUCGAAGAGAAGUUCGCUGUCUCCAGCAUCUUCUAUUGUCUCACCCAAUUUGUCCCAAAAUUCUUCUUUCUUUUUUUAUCUUGCAUCAUCAUUUGGACCAAACAUUAUAAUUAUUGUUGUUCUUUUCUUUACACUCAAUUCUUUGUGUAAUUCCACUCCAGUUUUUAUUAUACAUAUUUUUUAAUUGGCCAGAAACCUGAGAAAUUGCUAAGUUCAUUUGGAAAGAUUAAUGUGGACACUACAAAACAUUUCGUAAGCACUAGUUUUGAAGAACACAAAACCUGUAACAAGUAGAAAAAUCAGCAGUAGCAGGACAUCCAUUAACAGACUACGACGAUCACAUUAAAUUUGUUGCCACAACAACAACAAAGAAAGGGCUUAGGGCUUGACGCCUCACCCACUGCAGCAACAGCCUAUACAUACCAGCUCUAACCACAGAGAUACAACGCUUUCCAAAACCUGUUUGUUUCGUUGAACCAAGUAACCGCCUCUUAAAAACCUACCAAAAAUAUCUUUUCUAUAUCAAGGCCAAUUAAAAUAUAUCUUAUUUCGCUUAAACAUGUCCUCAUUCCAACCAAAAAACAACCCAAUGCAGAGCUCACCCAGAAUCAGUUGGAGCAGCAAGCAACUUCUGAAGAUGUUAUCUGCAAAAGUUGGUGAGAGGUCAGGUAGCAAAAGUUAUUUUCGGCGACGGUAUCAUAGCCCAACAACCCGGAGAAAAGAACAGAAUCUAAUUAGAUUUUAUAGAAUAUAAUAAUGAUGGUUAGUUCGAAUCGAAAUGUCAACUCCUAUUUUUUUUUAUUAGUUUUAAAAAAAUUUUUUUCUAUAUUUACCCUACAAAUCUUAGAUGGUACUAAUAAAAUUAACCGAUUAAAUAUGAUGAUAAACUGCUUCUAAACAGAUUCGAUAUCACCACUAGUAAUAAGAAGUUUUCAAAGCUCAGCACAAAAAUUUUGAUCCUGUGAUCGUCGCGAAGUCAGUUUUUUGUACUUUUUAUAAACAUUUUCUACUGCUUCGAGCAUUAAAUAUUCAUUUUACUAACAAAUACUUGCAAUAUUCAAACGAUAUAAACCCUUUUUCUAGUUCUAGAUCUUUAUAUAUUAGAAUUAACGCUUGUAACGUCAAUAGCGGGGGUAUAGGCCGUCUCAGUAACUUACCACGGCGGACCUAUACGUCCUCUAACUAAACCCAUAAAAAAAUUAUUCCGGGAUUAUAUACGUCGUUAUAAAAUCAAAUUACCUAUUUAUAAUAAAUAACUAUGGUUCUUGUGAAUAUAAUUAUCAUCUUUGGUUCCA